AUGGCCCCGGUGUGCGAGGCCCCGGGCGAGGUGGAGGUGCGGCGCGAGGUGACACGGCGUCUCGCGUCGACGAUGGGCGAGGUGUCGACCGAGCUGGCCCAGGCGCCCGUCGAGCUCGAGUCGGCCUGCCAUUUCCCCUUCGCGCCCGACGGGCUGCCGAUGCUCGGCGCGGUGCCGGGCACGCCCGGCGCCUUUGUCGCGACCGGAGGCGGCUGCUGGGGCAUCCUGAUGGGCCCCGCCAUCGGACUCGGCGUCGCGGAGCUCAUGCUGGAUGGCGAGGCCACUUGGGACCUCCGCCCCUUCAGCCCGGGGAGGUUCACGUGA